AUGCCUCCACGUCUUAUGAGGUCGGCAGGGACCGAGGAGGGAUAUAGGCUGAUGAGACAAGGCGUCGUUGUCUGGAUCUUUGUCUGGACGAGAGGGUUGGACAAGAAACGAAGCAGCGAUGAAGGGGCAGAUGCCUGGAAGAAGCAGAAGGAGCAGAAGUGCAACAGGGGUGGGGACGUGGAUAGCGUCGUGUGGUGUGUGGGUAUCAUCUCAUGGAUGGCACAACCGCCAGCGGGCAUGCAGCCAUCAACACCUGUGCCUGGUUCCGACCGCGCAAGCCCGAACCCGAGGAGCCCAGGAGCGGCAGCCAAAGUGACGAACCCCACAGGCAGUUUGGAGGGAGGGAUUGGGCGUCCCACACCACCCGGCCGGGGUUCUGGCCUUGGUCUAUUUUUCGUGCUUGCUUCUCCGUCGCCGACGAUCCCAUCUCUUGGCGCCGCUACCACACACGCAGCUCCCUCCAGCGCAUUCGGCACGCAGAAGCACGCCGACCAAGAGGCAGGCCGUGGCGCCUGA